AUGGCCAAGCGCAUUCGAGCUACUAGGCAGGAAGCCUCCGCGCCCACAUCAGCGGCCCUGUCGGACACAGUCGUGACGGCGGUUGGUGCUGCACUGAAGAGCAAGACAUCGAUACCUUCGAAGUUUUCGCACGUCUGUGGCUGGAACGUAAACGGAGACACCAUCAUUGUGUCACAGCUCGAAACAUUUGUUGCCAUGGUUCUGCCACGCUUUUUUAAGCAUCGCAAUUUCCCAUCGUUCGUGCGUCAGCUCAAUCUCUAUGGCUUUCACAAGACAGUGUUGGACUCAAAACGCCUUGAGUUUCAGCAUCCGUAUUUCAAGCGUGGUCGGCCUGACUUGUUACACCAAAUCAAGCGCAAAGUCUCCAGUGGUAAUAGUCACAACCAGCAGCUUGUGAACUCAUCCAACUCGCGUCUCGAUGCCCACCGAGAGAUCUCGGACACUCUGUUGCGUGAGAUGAAAGAUCUGCGUCAGCGUAGCGACGUCAUGGAAAAGCGUCUUCGGGAGCUUGAGAUUGACAAUGCCAUUGUGCGGAGUGACAAUGUGAAGCUGUGGAAGCAUCUUGAGCAAGCCAAAGACAAACAAUUAAUAAUGCAGGAGAAGAUGAAGAAAAUCAUGUGGAUUCUAUUUCAGAUAUAUCGUGGGAAGCAACAGAACGUUCCAAAACUCUCUGGCAAUGAUACAUCAGGCGCAGUAAUCACCGAAGACAGCAUGCUUGGUCCAAAGGAAUUUCGUGACGUUUUAAGAUUUUUGGCAAUGGAUGAACCUCCGUUGUUGUCCGGAUCGACCGCCAAUGUGACCACCUCAGCUCCUGGUUCGAGGAAGCGAAAAUUUGUUGAGGUUCCUUCUGAUGACGGGGAUGACUUUCCAUUUAAGUUAGAUGUCGACUCAACCUGUGUGGUCGGAAUGCCCAGUACAAUGGAAGAAUCUAAUCCGUUUGCUAUGACUCUUCAGCAAUCAAGUUCAUCCUCUGUGAUGAACGCAAGCAAGGAGCAGAACAACAUACUGAGCAUCUUUUCGCCUAUUACCAGUGCACUAAACAGCAAUAUGCCUAACGUUGAUACAAGUCUAACUGGACUCAUAACGAAUUCUACCUCGUAUAGUGACUCUUCGCCGGUCUCCACAACACCGAUUGUAUCGUCGCCAGGUGGUUGUACAUCAACCCCAUCGGCAUCGAGCGUAUCUACGCCGACUAUAGCGACACCCUACAAGCAAUCACCAGCUACAGAAAGUGAUAAUGUGACUCAAAGUGAAAUCAAUUCAGUGUCGAAUGGUACUUCAGCUAUCGCGACGCCCGCUGCGAACACUCAGCUGGCUUUUUUGGAUGAUGAAUUACCGUUGCUGCCCGACUCUGACAACUAUAACUUUACUGACGGCGAACAGGCAGUAAUGAAAAAACUCGAGGAUUUUGAAACGUCCCUUCUCGACGAAUACGAUCGGUCGGAAUAUUGGUGGCCGAUGCAGAGAAAGUUGUUGUAG